AUGGAUCAACAGAUUCCCUCACAGGCUAGCAACAUUUCUCACUCUACCUUCGCCGGUAUUACGUGGACCUUCGCAGCUUUAACAACUGCAUCUCUCUGCUUCCGACUCUAUGUCCAAGUAACUACGUUCCGUCGGUUGUACAUCGACGACUUUCUCGUCUUGCUGGCAUGGGCUAUUAUCUUUGCAACGACAAUCAUCUGGGAGGUGGUAUCCAGACCUUUAUACGAUCAUGAACUCACUUCUCUCGGUAAAGAAAAGCUAACGGAGAACUUCCUGCAUCGAUAUGAAACGUUUACGCGCUUCGUCGGGCCUUUUGAAAUCUUGUUUUAUUCCGGUUUAUGGGCGGUCAAGCUUUCAUUUUUGGCGUUCUUCUAUCGCCUAUGCCUCCAAGUGAAGAGCAUGCGUAUUUGGUGGAUCUUUGUACUUUGCUUUACCAUAAGCGUCUACAUUAUCUCUAUUGGGGACAUUCAGUACUCGUGCAGCUUUGGAUCGAUUGAGUAUUUCAUAUGGAAAUGUUCCUCCCUCGACAAUGUCCACUAUCAAAACCGAACAUUCUGGGCCAAUGCGGCGGGGGAUGUGAUCAGCGAUAUCAUGAUCCUCUCAAUUCCGAUAUUGACUCUCUACAAUGCCCAAAUUUCACUCCAUAAGAAGGUGAUACUACUGGGAAUGUACUCGGUUACAAUAAUAAUAAUGGCAAUCGCAAUCGUACGAGUCGCCACCACCCUUGACGACCAGAUCAAUAUUGCGUGGUUGUGUUUCUGGAGCUUCAUCGAGGUCUAUGCAGCGAUCAUUGUAUCCUGUGUGGCAUCUGGUCGGCAGCUUUUCGUCACACGCGCCCAGAGUUUACGAGGGAGAAAUAUCCCUGGAAACCCGUCCGGUUCUUCUUUACGAACUCCAAUAAGACUACACCUGCCAUCCCAGAGGAACUUCUCUGCGGACAUUGACUCAACAAAUAGUGAGGCUAUGAUGCUGCCCUCAUUGUCACCAUACAGCAUCAUCCAUCGUCGAGAGUUCGAAGUGACGAGUUCGGUUACGCUUCCGAGGACUCAAGCGGAGGCAAAGAUUUUCAAUCCUGUGUAG